AUGCUGGGUGCACGGGUCGCUUUUCUACAAACACGUACAAACACUGUAAAUUUCUUUCAGCGAAGGACUGAGGAACAGCUAUGGAAAACUAUCCGCUCGGUCUCCAAGUCUGGUGAAAAGAAGGGUAGACGCUCCACUCGCCAGCCGUUCCGUCCGCUGGACAAGUUUUACCGCAUUGGAGCUAGUCCACUGAAGAUCCAAUUCCCGGGGCUCAAUGCCUCCGUCUCCGCAAAGAGCGAACCACCGCUUGCAAUCAUUGAUCAAACGCCCGAUGAACUGAAGGAGUCUGAGCUUAGUAUUCGUAAAGGGCUGGAGGAUAUGGGGAAGACGCGUAAGCGAAACAAGGAGAAGCUGCAUCCGUUGGAACGUGGUUUCUCAGGAAUACAAGUUGUGGGGCAGAAGCUUGGCCCUCCUCCGCCGGUCGAGGGCUCAAAUUUCGAGGAUUUCGAAACAUAUUGCCUAGAGAUCAAAAGAACUUCAAACAUGACCGGUGUUUUUGGGCGUGUUCAUACUAUGGCUGCACUCGUCGUCACAGGGAAUGGCAACGGCUUGGCUGGCUUUGCGGUCGGCAAAGCGCCGCUUCAUCGCACUACCACUGCAAUCAUCAAAGGAAUGAAGAUGGCAUCCCGGAAGCUAUUUUUCGUCGAGCUAUUUGAAGGCCGAACGAUCUACCAGGACUUUUAUGCCGAAUGCAGGAAUACCCGCGUGUUUGCUCAGAGGCAACCCAAGGGCUUUGGGCUAAUCUGUCACCCGAGACUUGCAAAAAUUUGCGAGCUCCUCGGCAUCAAGGACAUCUAUGUGAAGGUUGAAGGUUCUACGAGGAACUACUUGGCUCUCACUCAAGCAUUUAUUACCGGUCUUAUUAACCAGGAAACUCACCAACAAUUGGCGGAGAGGAAGGGAUUGCACGUCGUUGAGAUGGAUCCCAAUCGUCAUUUUUUGCCGCGAAAGAUUGCUUCUCCUAUCGAAAAUCGCUUGAAGGCGGAAGUUGAACUCACGGAUAUGGACAAGCUCAAUUUGGAUGAUUUCUACGGUGAGGGUCGCUAUCCUUUGAAGAAGAACAAGCCGCCCCCAUUCUAUGCUCACCUCCCGGCGCAUCUUGAGGCUGAGUGGCGGAAGCACCCUUUCAGAAAUCACCCCGAUGUUAUGGUCAGACUGCUGGCUGAUGGCGCAGUUGACCGAUGGACACGCGACGCUCGAAAAGAAGCUGCUGAGGGACAAAGCAAGAUGAUGGAAGACGGCGUGAUGCCAAUCCCGAAAGGAAUCGGAUUGUCAAGAGUGGUCCCCAAGAAGGACGCC